UGUGCAACGGAGAGCUCGCAACAAUGGCCGCCUCUCCGAGUGUCUUGUUUCCAGCUGGCCUUGUCUGCUUUCUUUACCUCUUCACCUUCUUCCUCAGCCUACCAUUAGCCAUCUGCGACGACGUUGACAUCGAAAUAGAUAGACAUGCUCUCCUCUGCUUCAGCUCACAACUCUCAGGCCCAGCCGCGGUUUUCGCCUCAUGGAGCAGCAACGCCUCCACAGAGUUCUGCGACUGGCAUGGGGUCACUUGCAGCGCACGGCCUCCCCGUCGUGUCGUCGCGAUAUACCUUGCAUCGCAAGGCAUCAAAGGCUCCAUUCCACCCUGCGUCGCCAACCUCACUUCUCUCUCAGAGCUCCAGCUCUCAAACAACAGCUUCCAUGGUGUCAUACCAUCCGAGCUGGGCCUCCUGAGCCAGCUCACCAACCUUAACCUCAGCAUGAACAGUUUAGAAGGUAACAUUCCGGCUCAACUCUCUGCAUGUUCCCAACUUCAAAUCUUAGGCCUGUGGAACAACUCACUCCAGGGAGAGAUCCCACCUAGCCUAGGUCAAUGCAAGUAUCUCCGAGACAUCAAUUUCAGCAACAACAAGCUCCAAGGGAGCAUCCCUUCUGCUUUUGGGGAUCUUCCUGGUCUGCGCAUACUCAUUCUCGCUAGCAACAGGCUCGCCGGCAACAUACCGCCAUCCCUGGGCAGCAGCAGCCGUAACCUCACCUAUGUUGAUCUUGGAAUGAAUGGUCUCACAGGUGUCGUCCCGGAGUCUCUGGCAAACAGUAGGUCUCUUAAAGUGCUUAGGCUCAUGAGUAAUAGCCUUACUGGAGAAAUCCCGAAGGCUAUAUUCAACACUUCAUCGCUUACUGCCAUCUGCCUCCAACAGAACAGCCUUGUUGGUCAGAUACCAUCUUUUACAGCCACCUCUGCCCCUAUUAAAUAUCUCUACUUAAGCAGUAACUAUCUUUCAGGAACAAUACCUUCCUCACUGGGGAACCUUUCCUCCCUACUUUAUCUUCGUCUUACACAGAACAAUUUGGCUGGCAACAUCCCAGAGAGCUUAGGUCACAUUCCAACACUACAGGUACUGACCCUGAGUGUAAACAACUUCUCCGGGGCAGUUCCGCCGUCUCUCUUCAACAUGUCAUCCUUGACAUUCCUCAGCAUGGCAAACAACUCGCUCGUUGGAAGAUUACCCUCCGACAUUGGAUACACACUCCCAAAUAUUGAGGGAUUAAUCCUGUCAACCAACAUGUUUGAUGGUCCAAUACCAGCUUCCCUUACCAGUGCUUACCACCUGAGUCAGCUUUACCUAUAUAACAACAGCUUCACUGGGUCCAUACCAUUCUUCGGGUCAUUGCCAAAUUUGGAGGAAAUUGAUUUGUCAUACAACAGGCUAGAAGCAGGUAGCUGGGACUUUCUCUCUUCACUGUCCAAUUGCUCUAGAUUGACUAUGUUGUUUCUGGCUGGGAACAAUCUUCAAGGGGAAUUACCAAGUUCAGUAGGCAAUCUUUCCACUAGCCUUCAGCAGUUGUGGCUAAGUGAAAAUAAAAUUUCUGGACAUAUACCACCAGAGAUAAGUAGCCUCAAGAGCCUCACCAUGUUGUACAUGGAUUACAAUCAUCUCACCGGCAAUAUACCAACUACAAUUGGGAACUUGAACAGCUUGGUCGAUCUAACCUUCGCACAGAACAGACUCUCAGGCCAAAUGCCUGAUAAUAUUGGCAAUCUUGUUAAGCUGAUUGCUCUAAAGUUGGAUGGGAACAACCUCACUGGAAGGAUACCUGCAAGUAUUGGAAGAUGCACUCAACUCCAAAAGCUCAACCUUUCUUAUAACUCACUAGAUGGGAGUAUACCAAGGGAACUAUUCAAAACUUAUUUGCUUUAUGAAUUUGACUUGUCGCACAAUUAUCUAUCUGGAGAAGUGCCAGAGGAAGUUGGCAAUCUCAUUAAUUUGAAGAAAACUAGCAUCUCAAAUAACAGCUUGUCCGGCAACAUCCCAUCCACUCUUGGACAGUGUUUGGUUCUGGAGUAUCUUGAGAUGCAAGACAACUUUUUCGUAGGAAGAAUUCCACGGUCUUUUGUGAACUUAGUUGGCAUAAAAAAGAUGGAUAUUUCACAGAAUAAUUUGUCUGGAAACAUCCCAGUGUUCCUGACAAAAUUGAGUUCUUUGCAAGAUCUCAAUUUAUCCUUCAACAAUUUCAAUGGAGCAGUUCCAAGAGGUGGUGUUUUUGACAAUGCUGGCACACUGUCACUUGAAGGAAACGAUCAUUUGUGUACAAACAUUCCAACAAGAGGUAUGCCUCUUUGUCCUGCACUGGUUGACAGGAAAAGGAAACACAAAUUAUUGAUUCUUGUCCUACAGAUCGUAGUGCCAAUUGUUGUUGUUAUAAUUAUUUUUGCAUGCAUUGCGAAAAUUUACUGGAGAAAGAGGAUGCACAUAAAUUCGAAUUUGCAACGAUUAGAUGGGCGCAUAAAGAAUAUUUCAUAUGAAGACAUCAUAGGCGCAACAAAUAGGUUUUCUUCUGAACACCUGAUUGGCUCGGGAUCAUUUGGAAUGGUUUAUAAGGGAAGUCUGCAGUUUCAGAAAUAUCAAGUUGCCAUCAAGAUAUUUAAACUUGACAUUUAUGGAGCAGAUAGAAGCUUCAAUUCAGAGUGUGAAGCCCUACGAAAUGUACGCCAUCGAAAUGUUGUCAAAAUCAUCACUACAUGCUCUUCAGUGGAUUCUACCGGGGCAGAUUUCAAGGCCAUAGUAUUUCAAUACAUGCCCAACGGGAACCUAGAAAAGUGGCUGCAUCCAAAGGGGCAUGCAAUCGAAAAGUAUAUUCUGACUCUAAGCCAGAGAAUCAAUAUUGGCUUGGAUGUAGCUUUUGCUUUGGACUAUCUUCAUAACCAGUGUAAAUCUCCACUAAUACAUUGCGACUUGAAGCCAAGCAAUAUUCUUUUAGACCAUGACAUGACUGCGUAUGUCAGCGACUUUGGCAUAGCAAGAUCUCUAUUCACUACAUCGAAUGCAUAUCAAGAUGGUUCAACAAGUUUGGCUGGCCUAAAAGGGUCCAUCGGAUACAUCCCACCAGAGUAUGGCAUGAGCGAAGAGAUAUCAACCAAGGGCGAUGUCUACAGUUUCGGAGUGAUUCUGUUACAAAUGGUAACAGGGUGUAGUCCAACUGAUGAGAAAUUUGAGGACGGUACAACCCUUCAUGAAACUGUUGAUAGAGCAUUUCCGAAGAAUAUUUCCGAGAUUAUUGAUCCUGAAAUCCUACAACAUGACAGCAAUGCAGCAUAUGUGAUGGAGAGUUGUGUCAUUCCACUGGUCAGAAUAGCCCUCUCCUGCUCCAUGACAUCACCCAAAGCGCGACCAGAAAUGGGACAAGUUUGUAAUGAGAUCCUGAGGAUCAAACAUGAGGCCUCAAACCUGCAGGUCAGCUGAAGCGUAUUUUUUGGUAGGAUGAUAGUUGCUGAUACCAGAAGUAAUAUAAAAAAAGUAGAAAAGUACCACUUUAUUGUGGGCUUUACUUUAAAUUCAGUUAGUGACACUGUUGUAUUUGGAAUUAGCAAU